AGAGACAUGCAAAGAAUAUAAAACUGAAGCAAUUAGAUGGAGAAAAUGGCAAAUCCAUACCCAAAAAAGGAAGCCAUAAACCAAAAAUACAGAGAAAAUAGUGAGGUGGGCAAAUGCUAGAAUCGAGUGGCUGUGGAUUAAGGAGCCUGCGAUUUAUAUGGGGAGCGGAACUUUUGUGGACGGCGUUCGUCGUUGGUUUCAACGCCGCAACACUUCUGCAUCGUCAUCAUCUGCCAGUAAUAAUUUUGUGAAUGGUGCAGAUACUGAUCUCAGUGGACACCCACAAUCAUCUGCUACUAGUGUGCAUGAAAGGGGAAGAAAGGAAGAGGGUGGUGAGCUGGAGAAUCAGUUGACUGUUAUUGAAGAUUUUGAUUUCUCUGGAUUAAAGCACAUUAGAGUACCCAAACGAAGUACCCAUUUUGCUUUUGGCUCUACUACUACCAUCGGUCCACCCAAGAAGGGUUCUGCUGAAGCAGAAUUCUUCACCGAGUAUGGAGAGGCAAGUAGAUAUCAAAUACAAGAAGUCGUUGGGACAGGCAGUUAUGGUGUUGUUUGCUCUGCAAUUGACACUCAUACUGGAGAAAAGGUUGCAAUCAAGAAGAUUAAUGAUGUUUUUGAGCAUGUUUCUGAUGCCACACGUAUUUUGAGAGAAAUUAAGCUUCUUCGGUUGCUUCAACAUCCUGACAUUGUAGAAAUAAAGCAUAUCAUGCUUCCUCCUUCACGUAGAGAAUUCAGAGAUAUCUAUGUUGUUUUUGAGUUGAUGGAAUCUGAUCUUCACCAAGUAAUUAAGGCAAAUGAUGAUCUUACUCCUGAACAUUAUCAGUUUUUCUUGUACCAGCUUCUUCGUGGCCUGAAAUAUAUACAUACAGCCAAUGUGUUUCAUCGAGAUUUAAAGCCAAAGAACAUUCUUGCUAAUGCCGAUUGCAAACUGAAGAUAUGUGAUCUUGGUCUUGCUCGAGUAUCUUUUAAUGAUGCCCCUUCAGCUAUUUUUUGGACUGACUAUGUAGCAACCAGGUGGUAUCGUGCGCCUGAACUUUGUGGCUCUUUUUUCUCUAAAUACACCCCUGCAAUUGAUAUUUGGAGCAUAGGAUGCAUAUUUGCUGAAAUGCUUACAGGAAAACCAUUGUUUCCUGGGAAGAAUGUGGUGCAUCAAUUGGAUCUCAUGACUGAUUUGCUUGGCACUCCUCCUCCUGAAUCCAUUGCAAGAAUUAGGAAUGAAAAGGCAAGAAGGUAUCUUAAUAACAUGCGGAAGAAACUACCAGUUCCAUUCUCACAGAAGUUCCCUAAUGUAGAUCCGUUGGCUCUGCGCCUGCUUGAACGCCUACUUGCAUUUGAUCCUAAAGAUCGUCCAACAGCUGAAGAGGCAUUAGCUGAUCCUUAUUUUCAUGGUUUGUCAAAUGUCGAUCGUGAGCCAUCCACUCAACCCAUUUCAAAACUGGAGUUCGAGUUUGAGAGAAGGAAAUUGGCAAAAGAUGAUGUGAGAGAAUUGAUCUACAGAGAGAUACUGGAAUAUCAUCCUCAGAUGCUUGAGGAGUACCUUCAAGGUGGUGAACAAACAAGCUUUAUGUACCCAAGUGGCGUUGAUCGAUUCAAGCGGCAAUUUGCACAUCUUGAGGAGCAUUAUGGCAAAGGUGAAAGAAGCACUCCACUCCAAAGGCAGCAUGCUUCCUUGCCUAGGGAACGUGUUCCUGCUCCCAAGGAGGCAGCUUCUGAGAAAAACAAUGAUUUAGAGAGGGAAACUUCAACUUCUGGUGCAACUAAUGGUCCAGGAAAUGCAACGGCAACAGAGAACGGCUCUGCCAAAGGGAACCACUCUACUCGUAGCUUAUUGAAGAGUGCGAGCAUUAGUGCUUCCAAGUGUAUAGGAGCGCAACCAGGAACAGAUACAGAGGAUACAGUUGGUGAGGUAAGUGAUGAGUCAGUCAACGUCGACUUGUCUCAGAAGGUUGCAACCCUCCAUGCCUGAGAAUUAUCAUAAUCUCUUCUGGAGAUUCAGAUGGCUUAACCUCGUGGUCUGCCCAUUUUCCUCCACUUUGUGAUCAGAGGAUGUUUCUCAGUGACCUACAAGGAGGAUCACGUAGAAGGUAACAUGACUUCGUUGGCACCUGUGUUGCUAAAUUACAGUGAAGAGAUGCUUUCUUGUUAAUGGCUCCAUCUGUAAUCUUUUGUAUCUGGGCACAGUAUCUGUAUUUUGGACAGACAGCAUAGUAACUUUUUUCAGUGUGAUGCCAGGAAAGAACAGUUUUGGUCUGAAGAGUGGUAUUUUCUUAAUGUAAUGAUUGUUUAUAGGA